AAACCAACCAGCUCAGCUCCUCAUCUAACCAAAAUCUAAAAAAAUCACAAUCACAAUGGCUGCCAGCGAAGAAUCGGACUGUUUAGGAAGUUGGGAGGAAAUGGCAGAUUCAGGGGUUCUGGACAAGCAAAUUGCUCAGAUGCAAGCAGCAAAUGUGUCAAACGAAGGAGAUAAGCUUAACAGGAGUACCGAUAGCAAACCGCUUGUAAUAUUUCAUGAAGAGGAAGGUCGUACGAGAUUUUCCCCUGCUGAACCCACCGUAAAGAUUCUCAAGAGACCUACCAAUGGGACAGAAACGUUAGCAGUCAACGGCGAUUCUAGCAAGACUCCCAAAGUGCCUCUUAAGACCUACGAAGAGAGAGAGUUAGCAUAUGCUGAAGCCAGGUUACGCAUAAUGGGAGAAGCCCGUAGUCCGGAAGAAGAAUCUUCCAUAGAGGAGAAGAAAAUCCAAAAAGCGCCUAGAAUAGACAUUCUUAGAGUGAAGGAAACCACUACUACUAUCAUCAGACACCCGCGGGGGCCGGAUGAAACAUCCGGGUUCACUCUACAACGGUAGCAUUUCAACCAUCUUACCAUAUCUGUGUUUAAAUAUAAAUGCUUUACCCUACCGAUUCUCAGAAUUUCAUAGUUGUAUGAUUUGUUUGCUUUUUAUUUAUUGACUAAACAUUGCUUUUAAUAGCAGUAAAAAUUUGAACAAAUAUGUUUUAAAAGAAUAGCCUUAUCUACAGUAACUCUUUAAAUGCUUUAACACAAGUAUUAAAAAAAAUCAAUUUGCAAAUAAUUACAUCAUAUACUUUGCCUAAGGUUAGGGUAUUUUGUACUACUUUGUCACCUAGGGUCCUUUGCUACCUUUUUUGUAGGGUCUUUGUAUUUAUCUUAAAAGUCUAAACAGUGUAAAUGCAAACUAAUUGUAAACUAUUUAACAAUAUCCAAACAAGAUACCUACAAUAUGUAGAUUUACAUAUGAAAGAGUAAAAAAAUUGUUCUUUAUUGUUUGAGACUGGUUAUUCAUUUCUUUGCAUUCAAAUUUCUUUGUUUUUAGAACAUUCUUUACAGUUCAAAGUUUUGUUUGAAAAAGGUUUUUUAAAUAUCACUUGAAAAUGUGCUUGUGACAACACAUUGGUUAAUCCUUAAUGUUUGAAUGAAUGUAAACUAGUAGUUAUUUUCCUUUUAACUAGAGGUGUGCGGAUUGUGAAAUUUCAUUUUGGAUUGGAUUUAGGUUGGACAUUUAAGGCUUGGUUCGGUUCGGAUAUUGAGAGGUUCGGAUUUGGAUAGCUAAAAUAUACGCUUAAGUACUUUAAUAACAUAUUAUUAAUAUUAAGGUUAAUUGAGUGGAGCAAGCAAAGCUCUUAUAAUAAUAUCCGACUCCUGCUUUUGUUUUACAAAACUCUUACUGAACGGCUGAAGCAAUCCACUUGAAAUUUAGCAGUCAUAGUAACCAACCAUGGAAAGAUAUAAAAUGUGAAAUGGUACAAAUCGUACUAAAGAGCUUUUCUCUAUGUGAAUGUAAGUUUUUAGAAAUUUACAUGGACCUUGUGGGUUUAUUGGAUGCUAUGACAUUAUUUUCAAGAUAAAAAUAAAAAGGUAGGCCCAAACAUAAGAGUCGUAACAUAUGUUAGUCAACGAACCAUCUAAACUAGCGUAUCCCCACAGAUAAUGCCUAUAAAUAUCCACAAUUUGUGACGUCCAAAUAGCUGGAUUACAGGAUGUCGACAAAAUCUAUCCGAAAAAAUCGGAUAUCUAACGGACAGUGUCAGAUAUCAAAUUUUGGCUCAGGUCUGAUUCGCAUAUCCGAGAAGAACCAAAUCCAAACCGAUUUUUUGGAUCCCCGCACACUUCUAAUUUUAACUCUAAAUUCAAAACAUUAUAACAUUAAGGUACAUAAAAUAAAAGAUGAUAAAGGCUUUUCUUUUGAUGAUUGUGAGAACUUUGAUUUGAUUUGAGAAAGAAUUUUGAUUUGUUUUAUAGACUGACUGAACCAUUUGUUUAUAUGUAACAACAACCUAAAAAUGUGAAGGCAGGAUGAUGUAAGAUGAUGUGAUCUGAUUGUGCUGGUUUAAAGUUCACAACGUAAUUUUGUUUUGAAAUUUUAAAUAAACUAGGUAAAUAGUACAUAUAAAUAAAUUGAGAUUUUCCGAGUGAUUUGAUAUCUUGGUUAAAGUUAUUUUUAGUUAAUUAUUGAGGAAAAAACUGAAAUCAAUAUUUAAUAUUUUAACUUUCUAAAUUUAUAUUUUGGAAGAUAGCAAUUUGUUUUUGGUGUCAAUUUACGCUCAUCGUUUGAGUGUGCGUACAUUAUCUUGCCUCGAUUGGCCAGACUAUUUCGGGCCUUAUUUUGGGUCAAGACUAGAAAUGGUCGUUAAAAGGUUGUAAAGUUAUGUUUUUGUAUUUUUAAUCGUAUUAGGCUUAGAUAUUUAUUUAUGUAUCUUUGUAAGAAAGUUAAUCUCUAGAUCUUACUUAAUCCUUAAGUCCUGCAAAUGUACCAUCGAACAAAUAAGAGUGCAUUAAUUAGAUUGGAAGGAACUUCUUUUAUCAAAUUAUUUAUGUUGAAAUCUUGUUGUAAAAUUUUGUUGCUACUAAACAUUACUGCUGGGAUAAGAAUGGUGUCUCUAAUUUCAUAGAUUUGCUAACUAGCCCAUUGAUGCCGUAAUCUUUUUUUAAGUAUUAAAUACCAGUUCUUGCUUUUGCAAAUUACAAAUGUUUCUCUCUCUAUACACUAAUCAAAAGCUUAAUCUUAGUACAUUUGUUGAUACACAGUCCUUUUUGUUGAUUUAACCGUUGUGGUGGAGUUGUGGGGAUAAAUUGUUUUUAAAAUGUAUUUUAAACCUAAGUAGUAUCCAAAAAAGUCUUUCUUAAAGAUUUUGAAAUAAUUAUUUAAUAUAUUUUUCGCAUACACUGUUAUGAAAGGAACUGUUUAAAAAUAUUUACUAUGCAAAAGUAAUGUUUACUAUCUUUUGUGGAUUUUGCCAACAUAAACAAACAAAGAUUUGUUAUUGUUUUGCCAAAUAUUUCAAUUUGCAACAACCAUAACUGUACAAUCAAUGUAAAUAUUUUAACUUUAAAUUGAAGGCAUUACCUUAAAAAUAAUGCUAAGAAGAAUUUUGUAAUGUUCCUAACUGUAAUAAAAAAAUAUCCAAUUUCUGCUUUAAUUAAGAAAAUUUAAUUAACCAUGGUAACGGGGUUUUGUGGGGUAAAAAUAGUUUUUUCUAAUUUUGACCAUCUAAAAACAUAAUUUCCCAAUUUCUCUCCAGACCUUUUAAAGGGCUUAAAAAACAAAUUGUUUAAUAAUUUAGUAUAUCAAAGUGUUUUGUACAAUUAUUGGAGAAAAUAAAAAAAAAUUAAAUUUUAAAUUGCCAUGUUAUUCUUACAAAGAAUAAGUUAUUGUAGGCUAAAAUGUUGUAGUUUGCUUGUUUAUUGAUAUAUUUUGAUCAAACUUGGUAAAUUUAUUUAUUUUUGCUAAGUUAUUAAUAUUUUACUAAAACACACUUUUUUACCCUUCCUGUAGCAGCAAGCCUAGGUACUCAUUAAACCUGAUGUUAAUUAAAUAUAUUUAAUUGAAAAUCAAUUCAGGCAAAUGGAAAUUCGCAUAGUCGGUAGGUUUGCUGCGACAGCAAUAUUUAUUUUGUAUAUAAUUUUGAACUGAAGCAUGUAAAUAAUGUGUACAGUUUGUGCAUUUGUUGAUUACUCUAUGAGUUACAUUGAGUAAUGUUAUGUGUCUGAAUGUACCUUCUAAAAUAGAAGGAUUUAUAUUGAAAUAAAAGCAUACAUUUAUA